AUGGCGGCCGAUCCUGCGGCACAGCGUCAGUUCUUGAAAGAUAACGUCGAUGCCGACUUUAUCUUCCUUCUGGAAGAGCAUGGUGUUGACUUAGCGUUGCAGUACGCCAUUGGUCAGCAUUACAGGAGUAUCAGGACAUUUGCUGCGUUUGCCGAUGAUAGGGGGGCGGCUCGGACGGCCAUCACCGCUGACUUCGGCGUUCGAGCCGAGAGUGCUGCAGAUCGUGCUAGGAUGGCGUGUGUCAUCACUUCUUGGGAAGCUUCCAAAUUGAUUCGCGAGGAGGAAGCUAAGCUUCGUGCUGAGGCUAAGGUGUUGGGGGUCCAGAAGCCCCUCGUCUCUUCCGAUCGAGCGGCUAUGCGCGCUGCUUUGGAGGCGGUAAGGGGCUACUCUGUUCCAGAAUCUGAGGAGCCUGCACCUGAGUACCUCGCACACAAGCUUGAGCAGAUUGAGAAUGGCGAGCCCGCCGCUAGUUAUCUUGAUGAGGUUAUUUCGCGUAAGGAGUCCAACUCUUUGCAGCUCCAGACUUCGCUGGACAAUCAGGGAACUCCGCUCGAGGCAUCAACAUGGGUGAUGUUGGCCGCGAAGUGUCGCGGUCGUGCUUAUUUGCAGGGAUUGCAGUUGUCGCAUUUUGAUCGUUUCUUGGAAUAUCUUCUGGGAGACAAGUGCUACAGCAUGCAAGUCGCAUCGGCGGCUCCCAUGAGUUCUUCUGCACAUGCUGAUCGUCACACCUUGUCUGUGCCCUGGAAUAUCUUGCUUCAGUAUGAGUUCGAGCUUCGUAAAUGGGCCAUCAAGGAGGCGCAUCGUUUGAGUGCCCCGCUGGGUGACAAGCUGCAUGAGGCUACCACCAACACCGAGCUCAAGGAGCUGCAUUUUACGUCUCAGGUGGCAUUGUCUCGACGCUCGACCGGCGCCGACCCUCCGCCGCCAAAGUGGCCUCGCAAGGGUGACGGCAAGAAGGGGGAAAAGGGCGGUAAAGACAAAGGUGGCAAGGAUGGAAAGGGCAAGGCCGAUGGCAAGAUCAAAAUCGGCGAGUCAUGGUUCGAUCUGGUCUCGAAGUCAAGGGAUGUCAGCGAGUUCACGCGUGCAGAGUCAAAGGUUGCCAGGCGAACCACCCGGCUUACCAGCAUGGCGCGCAGGGCGGCGGAUGUUCGCGCCUGGCUGGAGGUCCUAUGCACGUCACAGAACAUCAUUUUGGAGAUGUCCGAAGUCGACAUCUGCCGUGACCCAAGUAUGGAUUUACUGGACUCUGCAGUGGCUGAUCGGUGCUUGCUUCAAGUCCAAAAUUCGGAGUGGGACGUGGUCUUGCACCCAGAAGACCUGGGUAUGACAACCACCGGUCACACACCGGCAUCUAUUUGGCAAUUUCCAGAAGCUGCUGUGCUCUUUACGCACGAGCAGGUCGUGACUUUUGCGAUUUAUCAGUGUCACUACGGAGCCCACACGCCUAAACCCACCAGGUUUCUUUCUUCUAUCGCAGCCACCUUUGGCAUGCGAUUCAUGGGGCCUCCUCGAUUUGAUUCUGCGGACAAGUAUCUGGGGCCUCUGCCCAAGUACUGUGGCCACCGGCAUUCCAAUCGCCUUUUGGGUGCCGCCAACACUGCUGCUGCUGCCGCUUAUCCGCCUGAUUUAUGCAAGGCUAUCGCUUCGUGGACCUUCUCCGUCUUCGAUGGGGGAGGAGGUGCACCCUCGGUGGCUACGGUUCCCGAAUCUGCUCACUGUUUUCAGUUCCCGGCUAGGGAGGUUGAGGUUAAAGUGAAUUCUUCACAAGCGGAACAAAUGGCUGCGCUUCCGGGCAAACGUAAGAGGGGAUCGGCUGAUUUCUUGAUCGACACGGAGGAGGUUGCGACUGUACCUGAACAGGACGACAUUCCAUUCAGUGAACUGAAGUCUGGUUGCGAAGGACCCCCGAUGGUGGGGGAUUUCGCUGGGUCCUCGGAUGAGUUCGUCGAUGGGUUUGGUCGCUGCUCUCCUGGUCGGUGGAAGCCAUGCAACCGGGGCACGGCGAUGUCCGCUGAAGCCUUAGACUUUGCGCAGCGCUUGAAAGAGAGGGUCAGGAUGUUCGUCGUGGAGUGUGUUCCAGACUUGGCGAAGUCGACUUUUCGUCUGGCGACGGGACACUGGAACGGGCCGCUCUUUGACCAGGGUCGCUUGGAAAAACUGAGGGAGGACUGGUUCAACAUGCUGCCUGAUCCCAUCCGGGCUCGGGAGAUGAUUCCUCAUCAACCCUUCUACUUGAGGGCGAUUUCUCAGACUCUUCGGAUUCUUGGGGACCCAGACUAUCGCAUCAUCGAGGAGGGGAAGUUCUGCUUCGUGAACGGUGUCGAGGUGGGGCACACGGCGCCAUUGGGGCCAGUGCCUCAAGUGUUCCGGAUCCGCAGAAAAGAUCAGAAGUACGAUGAGUCAACUUGGCAGCCGUUGAUGCAGAACUAUCGUGAUGGGGCUGAAGUCGAGAAGGCCUUGGAGGAGGCUUUCACCAAAGACGAGGCAGAAGGACGCAUGUUCCCACUUUCUUUGGCGGAGGCGAAAGCACGCUUCCCUGGUCCUGCGCUUCGCAUUGCCGCUCAAGCAGUGAUUCCGAAACCUGACCAUGAGUUCCGUGUGGUUCAUGAUGGGACCCACGGGGUUCACGUCAACAAUGAGAUUGUUAUGCUUGACCGUCUUGAAUCGCCUGGACCGAGGGAGAUUUCUUCGAUUCAGAAGCUGGGCAUGGUGGCAGAAGAGAAAGUCCUGUUCGGACUUGUGGGAGACGUGAAAAAGGCGCACAGGCGAUAUUUGCACCACCCAGAGCAUUGGGGGUUGUAUAGGCUUAACCGCACAGGAACUUUCGGAAUUGCUUCGGCGGCCUAUUGGUUCGCCCGCUUGAUCGGUCUGGUGGGCCGUUUGUCUCUUAGAGUUAUGCUUCAGGCUUUUGUUUUCAUGCUUAUUUAUGCAGAUGACCUACACCUGCUCAGCGGCGGUUCAGAUCGAUGGCUCAACCUCUGGAUGUCCCUUGCCCUUUUGUGCAUGCAGGGCACACCCUUCUCGGAGAAGAAGUGGCGCGGGGGACUGCAACUUGAUUGGGUCGGUUACUGGAUUGAUUAUGGCCGCUUUAAGCUGGGGAUUUCGGAGAAGAGAUGCCAGUGGAUCAUCCGAUCGAUUGAGGGCAUGGAGGGAGACGGCUGGCUUGUGGACGUUCGCCGUUUUCACGAACUCCAUGGCCGGCUAGGCUUUAUGUCGCAAAUCUUGAUAUGGAUCAGACCCUUCCUUGCGCCGGGCUACGCAUGGCUCGCGGUGGUCAGCAAAGGUGCUGUAUUGGCACUGCCCAACUUGAUCCGCUGCACCCUGCGAUUCAUUCUUGAUCGGCUCCGCGCAGGUUCACGAACGUAUCCUGCGGGGCUGGCGGAUAAGGAUUACGGGGAACUCUUCAGAACCGACGCUGCUUGCAACUCUGACUCUGUGGUUCUAGGCGGUUGGUUCCUUGUCAGGGGUGUUGUCUGUAAAUCCGCUCCUUGGUUUCAGAUUACGCUUCGUCGCGAAGAAGCCCCUUGGCUCUUCAAGGAAGGUCUUGGGAGCUCCUGGGCCAGUACCUCUGCUGAACUGCUAUCCUCGCUGGUAGCGCUUCAUCUGCUGGAGAGGGAUUUUCCCGAGGUGUUUUCAUGUCCUGGCUCUUUCAGGGCCUGCUUCGCUGGUGGAACAGACAACAAGUCGGCGGAUGCCAUUUCUGCCAGACUUCUCACGACAAAGGUCCCUGUGAUGUUUGUGCUGAUGGAAUACGCUCACCGCUGCGACUUGGCCGGGGUCAGAUGUCUCUUGAACUGGAGGCCGCGUGAUGCGAAUCAGGAGGCGGAUAGGAUCACGAAGAAUGAUUUCUCAGAUUUCUGUCCGGGCCUUCGGGUCACUGUCAGCUGGAGUGAGUUGAACUUCUCAGUGCUCCCGUCUUUACUUCGAUUCGCGAACUUUCAGAGCACUCUGGAUGAUGCACGUGCCUCUGCUUCUGGCGAAGGACAAGCUCCUUCUCGCAUUCGUUUCGAGAAGAGUCAGUGGGGCUGA